AUGGCUUCGCGAAAACGCUUAGCGGACACGCAACUGAAUAAGGACAGCGCUCUGGCUGAUGAUGAUUCCGAGGAGCAAUGCAGAUCUGCCGACACUAGACCGGCGGGAGGCACCAACUCGACCCAGUGGAACGCAGCACCGACCCUGGCAGGACGUCGCAUCGUUCGCGUUCGCCGCACUGGAGCACAGGCGCUACCCAGCUCUGAACAGAACGCGGGGCGGAACUCCGCGGGGCCCGCUACCCAAGGCCUCAGCAGCGAAAGCACAACGCGGAAACUGCCCGUCGCACAGGCGUCCAGCGAGGCUGCUCGUUCCGUGGAGAAAUCGCCCGCUUCCACUCGGGAGUCGACUUUGACAGCGGCUCCAGUAUCGACGCAAGAAGCAAAUCGUCUAUCUGGUGGUGCUCCCGGCGAGCAAGUAGCGUCGACAGCGCGGCCUCUAGGCUCGGAAGCAGCGCUCGUGCACAACUCCUCCGGUGAGGAUGGUGCUGCGCCUAAGCAUCCUGCAUCCGGUGACGCUGUCGAGAAGCGAGCCGCUGGGACAGCAUCUCCGCUUCCACCAGAUAACGUGUCCGCUGCAGUGCCCAAGGCCGCACCGCAGGCAGUGCCUGCUCAAACAGCAGAGAAGAGGGCACGGUCGGUUUCUGCUGGAGUUGGAUCCACCGAGACAGGCAGCGCAGCGAACUCGGAGACCAUCAGCUCAGGUGCUGUCGCGUCGAAGGCGGCUGCGCUCACAGCUGAUGCUCCCUCAAGCGCAGGCGACUCCGAGGCUGGACAGCGCUCGAACAAGGAGAAGCAGGCCGACGACGUCCCAAAACAUGAUGCCGAGAAAAAUCAACCUCUGUCUGGCGCCGCGAAGGUGUUUGCUGGCUUUACGUUUGGAAACUUGUCAACAUCACACAGUGAAAAAAUGACGGGACUGGCGAGUUUCCGUUUUCAGGAUGCGACAACGCCUGCUCUGCAAAACAAUGCAUCCGCACUACCGGGUAGCACGCCGCUCUUCCCGGAACUAGCUGGUGGAGCGGCCUCGAAGGGAACGCCCUCAAGAGUCAAAGUUCCUGGCCGGGCUCUAGAAUCCACAGAUGGUAGGCAUUGCGGAGAGCAUGACGCGUAUGUAGAGGCAUCCGAAGGCGAUCAUAAGAGCGCCCACGAAACAGCUCAUGACGACGACGACGACGAUGAUGGUGGUGGUGGUGGUGGUGGUGAUAAUGACGACGACGCCAACGUAUCGGAGGCGAUGCCAUCAACGGUUCCAGAUAUUUUCAACAACGAAUCUGAAGAAGAGAUGCGUCUCCAAACGCGAGCAAAACUCUUUGAGCUCGUCGAUAAGCAGUGGCGGGAGCGAGGACGCGGCCUCCUCCGACUUUUGUACCAUCCAUCUAAACAAACUGCUAGGAUGGUGAUGCGCGUUGACGGAACGUUGCGGGUCAUCCUGAACGUUCCGAUUACGCGGGAGACCCCGCGGCUCGACGAGGCCGGAGAAGCGAUGGUGCGUUUUGUUGCAACGCAAAACGCAAGUGAGGAGGCUGCCGAUGCAACUGCGAGCACAGCCCCAUCAGGUACUGCGUCCGGCACAGUCACUGAUGCGCCAGCGCCAAACGCGCAACGACGAGCUCAGGUAUGGUGUCUACGGUUCGCGCAUCGCGAGGAUCGCAUACGUUUUGGGGAAAUGUGUGCUACUUUGCAACGGGUGAUCGGUCAAAAAGAACAGGAAGCGUAA